AUGGCCGACAACGACCUCGGGACUGGUACAGGAGCCAGCGCUGGUCCCAACACCAACGAUUCACCUGGUCACGUCAAUCUACGUGUGGCAUACCUGUUGACUGGAAAUCCUCGACCUCACCAGUCGCUUGGCCGCGUCUCCCUGAGCACCACCAUCGCAUCACUCAGGAAUCGCAUUCAAUCCGAGCUGCCCGAGCAUCCACCUCCUCAUCUCCAGCGCCUCAUCUACCAAGGUCGACGAUUACAACACGAUGAGGCCACUUUGGGAGAGAUUCUGAAACUAAACGGUAGCACUCCUCCCGGCCCGCUGCCAUAUACCAUCCACAUCAUCAUCAAUUCCGAUCAACAACCAUCUCCCACCCUCCGACAAGCCGCUUCGACCCACCAUCCUCCCGCUCCUCUGCACAAUACCCAUAAUGCUGAUGUCAAUCCCAUCACUGCUGCUCAGACCUCAGCUGCAGGCCUUCAGGAAGCCCUCUCGCGCAUCCAACAGUCCAUCGAAACCAAUGGCGCUGAUCUAAGGUCGGUUCAGCAAAGAAUAGGAAGGCAACAUCAAAAUCUAGCCAAUCCACCGACACCUCCCCAUGCCCACAAUCGUACACAAACGCAACCAGGGGGAGGACCGGGACCGGGACCUACCUUUGCCUUUCCAACGAACCCUCCCGGCUUUCCCAUGCCCCUCCAUCUCCCUCAGUUACCAGCUCUGCCUCCCAAUUUUAUUCCUGGCCAUGCCAAUAUCCCCGCGGUUCAGGCUGCUCUGGAGCAACACCGUCAGCAUCUCCAGCAGCACGGUAUACCAGGAUGGCCACCAAUCGCUCCUCAUCCCCUCGGACAUAUGCACAACGCUCCUGCCCCCGCUCGUGGAGGAAACCCCACGGUUCAUCCAGCACCGCACUUGACGCCCUCCAAUCCUCAGGUUCAGUCCAUUCAAGGACCGAAUGGCGAGCGCAUGACGGUGGUAACUGAUCAUGUGAGCCUGCGCAUUCCCAUUCAACGACCUGCCUCAGCACCUGGCCAGGCUCCUGAGCGGCUUCAACAGGCCCGGCCUCUUGUGCCCAGCCCACAUCCCAUCAAUCCUCCCGUGCGGGCUCAACCGCUACCCAUGACCGCCCCUGUUCCCUCCCUUCCGUUUCACCUGCCAAUGCCUUUCUCCCACGCACAAACUGCUGCCCCCAACCAGGCGUCGUCAACACUGGCAUGGGUUCUCUCCUCACCGGCUGGCCCGCACGCCCUCCUGUUCGCUCCCAAUCAUGGCUACUUCUCCUCUAGUAACUUGAAUACGCAAUCAACCCAUCCAGCUUCUCAAAUCACAAAUAUCCAAGUCACCACAAGUGACCCCUCUCACCCAGCCCAAGCUCCGAAUACCACUGUCGCAGCUCAGAGAGAUGGCAAUGAUAACCUUGCCCUUGUUCGACAAGGACAACGGGCCGCUGCAGCUGGGCCUGCCAGGGUCCAAGCUCAGCAGAAUCCCCAAGAUAACGACCUGUUUGCGUUCCUCAUCCAGCGCGGGUGGCUCUUCUUGAGGCUCUAUCUCUUCAUGUUCAUUUUUUCUGAACCAGGCACCUGGAAGCGUUGGCUCAUGAUUGUCUUGGCUGCUGUGAUAUGUCUGCAACCCAGAGAUGGGCCUCUGACUCGAGCUCUGACGGCUGCACGGCAAUAUUUCGACAAUCUAAUCGGCCCUGCCGUACCUCGUCCUCCAGCCCAGCCUAUCGCACAAGGACGUCCAGCGCAAGAUACCCAGAGGACGCUCGAAAGCGAUCGCACCACACAAAGACCCACACAUGUUCGUGGUGCGAUCCAAAUGACCCCAGAGGAAGCAGCUGCACGCAUUUUGCGAGAGCAUCAAAACCAACACCAAAACCAAGACCCUAGCUUUUGGCAAAACACCUUCCAUCGCGUCGAGCAGAGCGUUGCUUUGUUCUUAGCAAGUUUGAUACCAGGAGUCGGGGAGCGCCAUGUCAGGGCCAGGGAAGAGGCGCGAAGAUUGGCGCAGCGGAUAGAAGAAGAGGAGAGGCAGCGGGCCGAAGAGGCAGUGGCUCCUCAACAAGAAAACCAUCCUGGCGCGUUGGGCGGAGAGCCAACUAGUGACAGUGCGACAAACCUGGACGUCAAGGAGGACGGCCCGAGCGAGCCUGGCACAUCAAGUGGUGUGCAAGUUAGAGACGCCACAGCCGAGGGAGGAGAAUUGCGAGGUAGGACGACUUGA